AUGUUGGAAAAUACAGGCUAUUGUCAGGAUACUAUUGCAAUUAUGGCAUCUAGGUUUGAGGAUUUUACUAAAGUUUAUGGGGAUACUGUGGAUAUAUCUGUUCUUGUAGCUGGCGGAAGGGAUGUAGGAGCUAGCACGACCUCAAAGGACUCCAAUUACUAUCUGGAGGAAGGAAGAUUGUUAGCGAAGACCCGGCAGAUCGUUAGUCAUGCCUCGCCUCCCGGUGCCUUUGAAGACGUGCCUGCCGAGCGGGUUAGCCCCCCCAGCUGCAGUAGCUUAGGGGGGUAUUAAUUGAGGAGUUAGCCGAUUCCCCAGCCGUAACCCGUUUGAAGACAGUAAUUGCUCCAGUGUAGUGUCAUGGUUUCCAGAUGAUUUAUUGCCUGUUAAAGCCAUCUCGGAUAAUCCUUCUGAACUG